AUGCCUGGUGCUUCAACAGGGCCCGCUGAUGCGGGAGGCGGCUCACAGCCCUCACAAUCUCAGGGUCGAAGCGACGGACACCGAGGUCGUGGCCGGGGAGGAGGCGGCGGAGGCGGCGGCGGCGGCAAUCGUGGUCGGGGCAGAGGCCGUGGUAGGGGACGAGGAAAUGCGACGCAAGACGGCGGCCGCUCGCGCGGGCACUCCCAGGGAGCGGCGCCGGACCAGGCCCCCACGGCGACGACGGGGGCUACUGCUACUACCCCAGCGGCCCAACCGACGGCGGACGACGAUACCAAGUCCGUGGCGGCCACCGAGGGCGACGGCGAGAUCUGCUUCAUUUGUGCGAAUACGGUGGACCAUUAUUCCGUCGCACCUUGCAACCACAGGACGUGCCACAUUUGUGCCCUGCGCAUGAGAGCUCUUUACAAGACCAAGGACUGCCCCCACUGCCGUACCUUGGCGCCGUUCGUCGUCUUUACCAACGACCCCGAGAAACGCUACGAAGACUACACGAAAAAGGACAUCUCCAGCACCGACGACAACAUCGGCAUCAAGUACGCCAACGAAGACAUCGUCGGCGACACCGUGCUGCUGCUGCGGUACAACUGCCCGGAGCCCUCGUGCGACUUCGCCGCGCUCGGCUGGCCCGACCUCCACCGCCACGUGCGGUCCACGCACCAGAAAAAAUCUGGAGAAGCACAUGCGCAGGGGGACGACCGGCCCGGCGCGCUGGACCAGACGGGCUUCAAGGGCCACCCGCUGUGCGGCUUCUGCGGCCAGCGCUUCUACGACGACGACAAGCUGUACGAGCACUGCCGCAACAAGCACGAGCGGUGCUUCAUCUGCGACCGGCGCGACUCCCGCCAGCCCCACUACUUCCUCGACUACAACGCCCUGGAGAAGCACUUCAAGGACGACCACUUUUUGUGCCCGGACAAGGAGUGCAUGGAUAAGAAGUUUGUCGUGUUCGAGUCCGAGCUCGACCUCAAGGCCCAUCAGCUCAGCGAGCACGCCAACUCGCUGAGCAAGGACGUGCGUCGCGACGCGCGCCACGUCGACAUGUCGUCCUUUGACUUUCGCUCGAGCUACCAGCACGAGCAGCGCGGCGAUCGGCGCGGGGCCGACGGGGUGGUGCGCUGCCGCGGCCCCUCCAUCACACCCGCCUUCUCCUCCAGCGGGCCCACCGACCCCACAGAAACCAUCGACAUGGCCUCCCUCUCCGUGCAAGACCAAGCCCUGUACGCGCGCCACCGCAGCGUCAUCGACCGCGCCCAGACCUUCCUCGGCAACAGCGCGGCGGGCGUCAACCUAUUCCGGCAGCACGUGUCCUCGUACAAGAACGGGGCCCUGACGGCCCCCAAAUUCAUCGACGCCCUCUUCACUUUAUUCGCCGACACCUCGUCCAACUCGCUCGGGAUCCUCGUGCGCGAGCUCGCCGAGCUCUUCGACGACCCGGCCAAGGCCGACGCCCUGCGCAAGGCAUGGCAGGAUUGGCGCGCCAUCAACGAGGAUUACCCUUCCCUGCCCGGCCUGGGCGGCAUGCACGGCGCUACCACCGCCAGCAGCGGCUGGGCCGCCGCCGCCAUGGCGUCCCCGGCCUCUCCCGCGGGCACCGCGUCCCAGAAGCACACGAACCGCGUGCUGCGUCUCAAGAGCAGCACCCGCCAGGGCAGCGUCAGCUCCGCUUCCGUGUCCAGCGCCUCUUCGUCCUGGACCGCGCCCCCGUCCAUCGCGGCCCGCCCGCCACCCGCCGCGUCGGCCUUCCCCGCUCUUCCUACCUCCAUCGUCCGUCCGCCCGUGAACACGUCCAACGCGUCCAGGUCCUGGGCCGUGUCCGCGGGCGGUCAGUCCGCGAGCGGCAGUUCCAGGAGCGGUGGUGGCGGCGGUGGUGGACGUCCUCCCAACAGCGGCCAGGACAAUUUCCCCGCGCUGCCCGCGGCGCCGAAGCCCCUGACGUCGCUGUACGGCUACGGCAGGGGUAGCGUGCGGCGGGAUUUCGGCGUGGUGCGCGACACGGGCUUCUCGUGGGGUGGGGGCUCGCAGCAGGCGGGUGGCAGUAACGCCGAACGGGACGAAGAGGAUGAUGCUGGUGAGGGAUCGGGCAAGAAGAAGGGGAAGAAGGGCAAGAAGGUGCUCGUGCAGUGGGGGUAG